GAGGUAUUUUGUACCCAACUGGAAAACACACUUAACGUGCGACGUUGGCGUUUACCGUGAGAAGAAAAUACGAAGGAGGGUCCAAAGUUGGACCUGCUUUCAUCUGUAAAAUAGGCUAGUGUUUUCAUCACCACAAAGAGGGUUUUAAAACCUCUAAAACUUGAACCGUGGUUCCAUUUUCGGCUUGUUGGACUGGAUAUUAUUUAUUUGGGACUAUAGUUCUUUCAAACGGAUCCGGAGGGGUUCUCUCUAGAUCCAUUUACUCGUGUCUCCAAACUCAUUUGGAAAAGUGCCUCUCAUAACGAAUCACGCACAUAUGAGGAACUUGCUAUAGCGUAACUUGAGGGAAUACAUUUUUUUCACCCGAGAUCAGUUGGAAACUAUAAAAGACAAACUGCUUGAGGACGAUUUGAAGAACUUCAGGAUCUUCUCUAUAUUGUAAAAUAAGUGUAUCAAGGAGGAUUCGAAAGCUGUAGGAACUAUGCCUCAAAAAGGGAUAUUUUAAUAGAGUGAAGCAGAUGAGAGUCUAUAAAUUGUUUUAAGCGGACAGUCAACUCUGUUUCCAGAAUACUAUAACCGGGCCACGUGGGAGUCUGGCGUAGCGUCAAUGAUGCAAAACAAGGUGUAUGACAUCUGUAACGAAGGUCACAGUGGAGUGAACCAGCUCGGUGGUGUAUUCGUCAACGGUAGACCGCUGCCCGACUCCACGAGACAGAAAAUAGUUGAACUCGCGCACAGUGGCGCGCGGCCGUGCGACAUAUCCAGGAUUCUGCAGACCCAUGCUGAUGCAAAAGUCCAAGUGCUGGACAAUGAAAACGUGUCCAACGGGUGCGUGAGUAAAAUCUUGGGAAGAUACUAUGAAACAGGCUCCAUCAGACCUAGGGCGAUCGGAGGAAGUAAACCACGAGUAGCAACUCCCGAGGUGGUCAGCAAAAUUGCCCAGUACAAGAGGGAGUGUCCGUCAAUCUUCGCCUGGGAGAUCCGAGACAGACUGCUAUCAGAGGGGGUCUGCACAAACGAUAAUAUACCCAGCGUGUCAUCGAUAAACAGAGUACUGCGCAACCUGGCUAGCGAAAAGCAACAGAUGGGCGCAGAUGGCAUGUAUGAAAAGCUGAGGAUGCUGAACGGUCAGACCGGCACGUGGGGGACCAGGCCGGGCUGGUACCCCGGAACUUCGGUGCCAGGACAGCCCAAUCAAGAUGGCUGCCAGCAAUCAGACGGAGGCGGUGAGAACACGAACUCAAUAAGCUCGAAUGGGGAGGAUUCGGAUGAGACCCAAAUGAGACUUCAGCUAAAAAGAAAACUGCAAAGAAACCGCACAUCUUUCACACAAGAACAAAUAGAAGCACUUGAAAAAGAGUUUGAGAGAACGCAUUAUCCUGACGUGUUCGCACGAGAGAGACUUGCUGCCAAAAUAGAUUUACCCGAAGCAAGAAUACAGGUGUGGUUCUCGAACAGAAGAGCAAAAUGGAGGAGGGAGGAAAAGUUAAGAAAUCAAAGAAGACAAGCCAGUAACUCUUCGAGUCAUAUACCCAUCAGUAGCAGCUUUAGCACGACCGUUUAUCAGCCAAUUCCUCAGCCCACAACGCCAGUAUCCUUCACAUCAGGGUCCAUGUUGGGAAGAUCGGACACAGCCCUUACAAACACAUACAGCACCCUGCCACCAAUGCCAAACUUCACCAUGGCCAACAACCUUCCUAUACAACCCAGCCAGACCUCAUCCUAUUCCUGCAUGUUGCCCACUAGUCCUUCGGUAAAUGGGCGGAGCUAUGACACAUACACAUCACCGCACAUGCAGGCACAUAUGAACAGCCAAUCAAUGGCCACCUCAGGCACAACCUCAACGGGUCUAAUCUCGCCUGGAGUGUCUGUACCAGUCCAAGUGCCAGGCAGUGAACCAGACAUGUCCCAAUACUGGCCCAGGCUACAGUGAGAAAAAAGGCACAUGAGAAGAAAAAAAAAAAGA